AUGGCCUCUGAAAAGCGAGAGAAACUCGAAGCCCAGAUUAAGUCUGCUGAUAUGAGCGAGGACAUGCAGCAGGAAGCCAUUGAAGUUGCAACGGAGGCCAUGGAUAAAUACCAUAUUGAAAAGGAUAUUGCCCAGUAUAUAAAGAAGGAGUUCGACUUGCGCAAAGGCGCUACCUGGCAUUGCAUAGUUGGGCGGAAUUUCGGCAGUUUCGUAACGCAUGGAACCAAACCAAUGUUCGUUCAAGAAGACUGA